AUGGGACGCAGGCCGAACCCUCUGAUACUCGAAUACUUCGAGCGUGGCCCCAAGCUGAACGACAACAGCAAUCGAUACCCCCAUACGUGCAAGCAAUGCGGAGAGAACUUCCCCAAGGGCCGUAUCGACAGUUUGACGACGCAUAUUACCAAAAGAUGUCCCGCCAUCUCUGACUCGGAACGUAUGCGAGCCUGCCUUGAACUUCAUGGCAUCACACAGGCGAGAACGGCGGCCGAACGACAUCAACAAGUGCAGGCGGCUCAGGCAGCAGCUCAGGCAAAUGGCCAGCAAGUUUCCCCUGGCUCUCUGCCCCAAGGUUGGAGUGCCCUCGAGACGCUGGCAGAGGCGUCUCGCCAGGUUGACCUGAACGAGAACAGCCGUGGAACCAAAACUGCAGCGGCCCAGGCACAAGCAAAUGGCGCCCAGCAGAACGGGGAGCGAUUCGAGCUACAAGAGCAGUAUACUCUCGACAACCCCCCCGCCAGCUAUGAGACAGCCCGAGCGCAGGCAAAUGGGAAGAAAGGUUCAGCCGCUUUCCAAACACCUCCACCGACCGCAACAGAACUAUCCCCCGAAGAAAGACUACAGGCUCUCCUACCAGCCAGCGAAGCAUCCCCCGAUGCGGCUAAUAUUUCCGUCGCCGUUGCCGCUGCGGCCCGCCUAAACCCGUCGUUCCUCGAUCCUCAGCUCGUCAAUGGCGAUGCCACACCCACAUCUCCAUCUGUUGCGGAUAGCUCCGCGGCAAUAACCGAAAGUACGCCCGUCACGACUGUAGAUACCGCUGCCACACAGCCUUGGGGAGAAAUGACCUACUUGACAGCCGCCUCACCCCCCAUUCUCCCUGAGAAUCCUCCUCUGGCUCCUCUUCCCUUGAACCGUGGUGGUGUUCGGAUGGAUACAAGCGCGGGUGUGCUCAAUGGUCGAUCCCGACAUUUCAGAUCCAAGUUCACCCCUGCCAGGCGCCAAGAAGUUAAAGAGGUUCGCAAAUUGGGAGCCUGCAUUCGAUGCCGUAUUCUUCGCAAGAUCUGCAGCAAAGGCACGCCCUGCGACACGUGCCGCAAGGUUCUCUCGCCGCGUGUUUGGAUGACUGGAUGCGUUCGCUCAAGGCUACACGAGCAGCUGGACCUAUACUCUGCCGGAGUGCAAGUCGUCUUGUCCCAAAAUCGCAUCAACCUGCUUAAAGAGCAACUGAAGCUCGUAAACAAUGGUGCCGUUGUUGAAGUGUCCCAUUUCGCAGAAACCGACAAGAACAUAGUUCUAUCUGCCGCCGCUGCCAUACUUGAACCUCUCCAAGAACAAGGUGUCACUCCUGAAGGCCAAGAAGCAAUCCACCAAGUCAUCAUGAUUGACCAAGAUAAAGAUGACGUCCCCGGCAAAGUGGAAAGCUACAUGCGGGAUGUGCUCGACCUCUUUAUUGAACGCGAACCAUCUAGAUUCAUGUGCAUUACCCUCGAAACAGCCAAACAACAACUCGCCGAGAAAGACGACGAACUUCUCAAAAAGGCACUCGAACUAUGGGGCCUCGUCGAAAGCAUCGACCGAGAACGCCAAUGGAGUAUUAUUGAAAAGCCCAGCGCCGACUCUGAGCACGGCCGUCCAAUCAAAGAGGCAGAAAAUGAAAGCGACGCCGACAUCUACACCAUGAUGUGCAUGCAGCUCAAUGCCGCAGCGGAGCGAAAAGCAAACAGCACGUCCAAAGCGCUCCUCAACCUCAUGGACAGACAACUCGCCGACAGCAAGACCAAAGUUGGCUUCAACAUCUAUCUCACAUCCCUCAUCUUUCUCAACUGCGUCGAAAAAUCAACAUGGGCAUUCAAAGCAUGGGAACAGGACCACCUCCGUCCAGGCUGGCCACUCGAGCGCGACCCCAGCGUCUUCACCCAACAGGGCGGCAAUCUAGCAGGCCUGAUUAAAAUGCUGCUCGGUAUACGAAAGGCACUACCACAAACAUGUCGAGACACAGAUGGAAAACUAGCAACACAGGACCAAGAUCCCAUCAUUGUAAAGUACUUCCAAAGCUUGGACAUGGAAUAUGACACGAUUGAAGCCCGUCAGCGGGGCUCGCAAUUCUCCCCUGCGGACUCGCGAUCCCUAGAAUUAAUGUUUUGCUCGCACCUUCUUCUUCCGAAUGCGACUGGCUGA